ACAUGUGAUUGGUCAGGAGCAGCUGUGAGCCUCCGUAUCUCCGCUUUCAUCAUCAUCAUCAUCAUCAUCACACUCACACACAGCUGGAGAGUGAAGCUGAGUAAGAGCACCAUCAUCAACCGAGAUAUAAUGAUGAAACGAUGGACUUUAUUUAUUAUGAGAAGAUUAGCGAUGGCUAUGUCAUGGUCAUGCUGUGCACCAUAAUCCACCAGGAGAGAAGGACUGAGAGGAACAUACAGAUACUAGAAGGAUAGAGUGAUGAAUGGACGAGUGGACGGAUGAGUGGACGCUGAGUUUGAUUGAAGGACUGCUCGUUUUUCUCACUAAAAAUGUCCGCUCACAAUUUAAUAACAAACAAGAGACAACAAACAGGAUUUGUAAAUUAAUUCAGACUGCACCUGUGAGGGCACACACACACACACACACACGUGCACACACACACGUGCACACACACACACACAAACGCACACACUCCCUGCGUGCUCUCCAAUGGAGAAGGACGAGACAUGUGACCUGAAGGUAAGAAAUUAUGUCUCGUCUAAAGCGUCUCCUCGGAGUCGAUGGAGACAUAUGAGUGUGAUGUAGCUCCAGUUUAGAGCUGAUGAUGCAAAUCAGGAUGUGAGGACCAGAAAGAGAAAACAGGAAGCUGUGACCAUAUAAGGAAAGUGAAGGUGGCAGGGACAGAAGCCCUGAUGCCAUGAUGACGGCCGUGACCCCGGCCGAUGUGGACGUGCCGUGUCCUCAGCGUUAUUCCCGCUGUACCGGGCAGGACGGAUCGGACGUUUUUACAGAUGAUGAAGGUGUACCGGAGCGCAGACUCACGCCGCUCGAGCAGCUUAACCUGGACAUGUGCCAGGACGACAGAGUGGUGCGCGAGAUCACCAUCGGACGCCGCAUCGGCUUCUACAAGAUCCGCGGAGAGAUUGGCUGUGGGAACUUCUCUCACGUCAAACUGGGGGUCCAUGCGCUCACCAAAGAUAAAGUGGCCAUUAAGAUCCUGGACAAGACCAAACUGGAUCAGAAGACCCAAAAGCUGCUGUCUCGUGAGAUCUCCAGCAUGGAGAAGCUUCAUCAUCCCAACAUCAUCCGUUUGUAUGAGGUGGUGGAGACACUGACGCGCCUACACCUGGUGAUGGAGUACGCAGGAGGGGGCGAGCUGUACACCAAAAUCACCAUGGAGGGAAAACUGUCCGACAUCGACAGCAAAAUCGUCUUCUCACAGAUUCUUUCUGCUGUCAAACACAUGCACGACCACAACAUCAUCCACCGUGACCUGAAAGCUGAAAACAUUUUCUUCUCCUGCAGCACGUGUGUGAAGGUGGGUGAUUUUGGGUUCAGCACGGUGAGUCGGCGUGACGAGACCCUCAGCACAUUGUGCGGUUCUCCACCGUAUGCGGCACCCGAGCUGUUCCGUGACGAGCGCUAUAUGGGCGUGUAUGUGGACAUCUGGGCUCUAGGCGUGCUACUGUUCUUCAUGGUCUCGGGCACCAUGCCAUUCCGUGCCGACACUGUGGCUAAGCUGAAGCGCUGCAUCCUUGAUGGUGCGUACUCGGUGCCAUCGUGGGUUCCGGAGCCGUGCCACCGUCUCAUCCAUGCCAUCCUGCAGCCUCAGGCAUCCGAGCGCUGCAGCCUGGAAAAGAUGAUGUGCAGCGAGUGGCUGGAAAACGUCGACUUCCCCAAAGCCACUGAGCCGUUCAGGCUGGACCCACUGUACUUGGCCGAGGAGGAGGAUUUGGAGGAGGACGAGUGUGAGGUGAGGAACAGUCUGCAGGCACUCGGCAUUACCACCGAACACAUCCGCAACAACCAGGGCAAAGACUGCAGGAGCUCAGUGACAGGCGUCUACCGCAUCUUGCUGCACCGAGCACACCGCCGCCGUGCCUUCGAGAGCAUGCCGCUAGUCUCACACAAUGUCAACGAGGCUAACCAGGCUAAGAAGGAACGGCUAAAGGCCUACAGGAGCCUCAGAUACACGUCCAAACUCUGCACCAUUUUGUGAUGUCCUGAAAUAAACAAUUCUUAUGGGUUUUUUUACACAGCAGAUGAACUUCAAAGCAACUAGAAUUUUAAUUUAUUUUAAAAUGAAAUUCCAUAAUGUUGUUGAGUAACCGCUGUCUCUGGAUCAACAAGGGUGGAGCUUAAGGUCUAUUUUUUAACCAAUCACAAACCACAAUAGUUUACCUAACUGACAUUAGUUUAACUGAUACACUGUAAGUAAAACCAGUAGACAUGUUUGUUAGCAAGCUAGCAUACAUUAGCUACCUGGCUAUAGAAGACUAAACCUGGUGCAUGUAGCUUUUGUUUUCACUCAGUAGCUGUGAGAAAAUUCUGUUUUAGAAGUAAAUUAAAACCAAAAAAAAUAGAUUUGUGGAGGUCCUGUUAUCACAAAUGUAGCAUUUCUUGGCUAAUCAGAGACAUUCAUUAAUGAUUUAUAUUUCAUUAUUUUAAAAAAUGUCAGGGAUUAGCUAGUUGCUGCGUGUUAGCUGGUUUUAGCUCCUGCUGCUGGGUCAGAACCUCUCGCCUUGUGGAAUAUGAACUUAAAAAGUGCACCUUAGAAUAUUUUUGUUCUUACCAGCAGGUUAAUAGAAAACUACUGCUGCUUUCUAUUAAAAGAAAGAAUGUGUAUGUGUGUGAGAGUGUGUGUGUGUGAG